ACAACAUGAAGCUGUAAAUCUAUACUAUCAUCAGUGGCAGUACUGAACGGUGAUGAGGAGAUGAGAUCUGCUGGCUCUAUCUUUCCUUUCAUGUGCGUCUUCUGAUGGCGUGGGUUGUCGCAAGUUGCACCACUGUCUUUGCCAGCCUCAUUCUCUACCACUUUCUUUCUUCCAGCCGAAAGCAGAGCUUAGUAGAUGACCUGACAGAAACGGAUUCUGCACCAACAACACGUAUCCCUACAAUAGAGACACCCGCCGCCACCUUUACAGCCGAGAUGGCACAAGAGGAAACAGGAAAACACCAUGUGCCUUCUACUACCAGCGACCGGAGGAGCCCCGCCAAAGACACACAGACUUCUGUUGGAAUCCCUAUCGUGAACGAUCAGAGAACAACGGACUUGCCCUCGACCCGAAAGAGACCCUCCAGUCCUCCUCGUCUCAAGCCUCCCACUUUCGGAAACAUGGCAGCCCCUCCACGGCCUGGAAACGGGGCUUUGCGACCUCCUCCCUCUGCGGCGUCUUCUCUACGCGUCCCAGCGACGAAAGUCCUCUCAAAUGCCUUGAUGGCGCCUACGUCCUCGAUCAUGCCUCCGGGAAAGCAAGUUUCGCGUAAGGUCAUUUUAGAGCCAGGCCACUCACCGCUCGACUGGGCCGCCUUGACCUCGAAUCCCAAUAGCCAGCUGCGCGGAAAAGAUGCUCCCGACAAUCUGAUUCGGGUGGCACCUGCACAGUUGAAAGAGCAAAACGGGCGAAAGGGAAGAGACGCGUGGACCGUAUACCAGGGUAAAGUGUACAAUAUAACACCGUACGUGCCGUUCCAUCCUGGAGGAAAAGGCGAGAUCCUACGAGGUGCCGGCAAAUCAUCCGACAAGCUGUUCAUGGAGGUGCACCCUUGGGUCAACUGGGAUGGCAUGCUGAGCGAGUGUAUGGUGGGCAUUCUCGUCAAUGACGAGGAAAUCGCAGACACAAAGAGUGGUGGUCUUGACGACAUGGAUUGAAGAAGCAUGCAUACUGGCGUCGGAUACAUUGAACAAGCUAGAACUAUGAUACCCCUUUAGAGCGACCGCUGAUGAGCAGACGUGGCUGGAUGAUACAAGUAGAUAUAUAUGGAUUUUCA